AUGUAUCCGAUUGACGCUAUCAAGACCCGCAUGCAGGUCCUGAACCCCAAUCCCUCGGCCGUCUACAAUGGUGUGAUUCAAGGCACAUACCGCAUAGCCAGUCGCGAGGGCGUUCUGAGCUUGUGGAGAGGCAUGUCCAGUGUUGUUGCCGGUGCCGGUCCCGCUCAUGCUGUUUACUUCGCUACAUACGAAGCUGUCAAGCAUGUUAUGGGUGGCAACCAAGCUGGUGUCCACCAUCCUCUGGCUGCUGCGACCAGUGGUGCUUGCGCUACGAUUGCCAGCGAUGCGCUGAUGAACCCCUUCGAUGUCAUCAAGCAGCGUAUGCAGAUUCAAGGGUCGGCUAAAAUGUACCGUUCCAUGACCGAUUGCGCCAAAUACGUCUACAAGACUGAGGGGCUGGCGGCUUUCUACGUCUCUUACCCGACCACGCUCUCCAUGACGGUGCCCUUCACUGCCCUUCAAUUCUUGGCAUAUGAGUCCAUAUCGACGGCCAUGAACCCAAACAAGGGAUACGAUCCCACAACGCAUUGCUUGGCUGGUGGUGUCGCCGGUGGUUUCGCCGCCGCUUUGACUACACCGAUGGAUGUCAUCAAGACGAUGCUUCAGACCCGAGGAACUGCCACCGAUCCAGCAUUGAGAAACGUGAACGGAUUCAUGGCUGGUUGCCGGUUACUGUACGAGCGUGAGGGUUUCCGCGGUUUUUUCAAGGGCGUACGCCCCCGCGUUGUGACCACUAUGCCCAGUACGGCCAUUUGCUGGUCUGCCUACGAGGCUUGCAAGGCCUACUUCAUCUCCAAGAACGACAACCCCAACCCUUGA